AUGGAGGAAAAGGAGAGCACUUUUUCUGGGUCACCAGGCAACUCGGGGACCGAGUCACCGCCAGUGACUCAGAUGGUGAAUAUGCCCAUGGUCAUGGAUGUAAACAUGAGCUCAGAGAUCAUCAACAACAAUAGCAACAACCCUGUAACAACAACAACAACAGAAAUUGCAGAAAUUGCAGGAGCAGCAGCUACUGUUGGAAGUGGUGAUUUGUCCGGGAAGAAGAAGAGAGGGAGGCCUAGGAAAUAUGAUGCAGAUGGGAACUUGAGAUUGGGGUAUAAAAGUAAUAUCAACAAGGGUGGUGGUGUGGCCCCACCACCACCACCACCACCUGGGUUUUAUCUUUCUUCCCCUGCUUCUGAGUUUUCUUCUUCUUCGUCUUCCAAAAGAGGAAGGGGGAGGCCUCCUGGAUCCGGCAACUGGCAGGUUCUUGCUUCUUUAGGUGAGUUGUUUGCAAACACAGCUGGUGGGGACUUCACACCGCAUGUGGUAACUGUUAGCACUGGGGAGGAUGUUGCAGGCAAAAUUCUUUCGUUUUCUCAGAAGGGUCCUCGAGGAAUUUGUGUUCUCUCUGCCAAUGGAGCUGUCUCUAACGUCACCAUUCGCCAACCAGGUUCUUCUGGCGGCAUUCUGACAUAUGAGGGCCGCUUUGAGUUAUUGUCUUUAUCUGGAUCAUUUACAGUCACUGAGAUUGGUGGUGUAAGAAAUAGGACUGGUGGCCUGAGCGUCUCAUUGGCUGGCCCCGAUGGUCGCGUUAUAGGUGGUGGUAUUGCUGGUUUGCUAACAGCUGCAAGCCCUAUCCAAAUUGUGGUUGGGAGCUUCACGCCAAAUGGAUAUAAGGCACAUAAAAGGAAGCAUUAUCGUGAGAACAAUGUAGCUUCACCAAUCUCAGGUUCUCUAGAUACAGUCACAGUAGCAACACCCAUUUCGCAAGCGCAACCCGAAAGUGAGAGCAGAUUGACCAUGGUAUCCCCUUUACCAGCACAAAGUCAUGGGGAAGCAGAUAAAAUCAUGAUCCAAAGGCAGACCUCCAAUGCCAUAUCCACCAGUGCUGUUUGGAAUGGAACAGAGCUCAAGUCAGAACAUAGGCCAUCACCGGAUAUUAAUGUAUCCGUUCCUGGUGUAUCAGUAACUGGGGAAUAG